GUACAACUCUACCAUUUGAUUAAAUGCUGCUCAUCCGUCACUCCUCCAUAUUAUACUACUUGUAGCAGCUAACAAACUUCACCCACUUUCUCUCUCCUCUUUAUAUAAAUCUCUCAAUCAACCCCUUUCUUCUUCAGAUCCUCAUUUCAGAUCCCACAUCAUUUUUUUACAGAGCUCCAUCAAUGGCGGGCUGUUUACUACACCAACUCAAAUCCCAACCUUCAUGGGUCAUCUUCCUCUUUGCCAUUGGAUCCUUCACUCUUCUAAGAACCCUUUUAGGAGUUCUAAUUUGGGUUUAUAUCAAUUUUCUUAGACCCCCAAAAAAUUUGAAGAAAUAUGGUUCUUGGGCAGUUGUUACUGGGCCUACUGAUGGAAUUGGCAAGGGUUUCGCCUUCCAAUUAGCUCGAAAAGGGGUUAAUCUAAUCUUGGUGGGUCGAAAUCCUGACAAACUCAAAGAUGUUUGUGAUCAAAUUAAGAGUAAAAAUUCAAAUACCCAGAUAAAAACUGUGGUGGUUGAUUUUUCUGGGGAUUUAGAUGAAGGUGUUAAGAGGGUUAAAGAAGCAAUUGAGGGUUUAGAUGUUGGGAUUUUGAUUAAUAAUGUUGGGGUUUCUUACCCUUAUGCUAGGUAUUUUCAUGAAGUUGAUGAACAAUUAUUGAAUAAUUUGAUUAAAGUUAAUGUUGAAGGAACUAGUAAGAUUACACAUGCUGUAUUGCCUACAAUGGUUAAGAAGAGGAAAGGUGCUAUUGUUAAUAUUGGUUCUGGUGCUGCUAUUGUUAUUCCAUCUGAUCCUCUUUAUUCAGUCUAUGCUGCCACUAAAGCGUAUAUUGAUCAGUUUUCGAGGUGCUUGUAUGUUGAGUACAAGAAUAUGGGGAUUGAUGUGCAGUGUCAGGUUCCACUCUAUGUAGCAACAAAGAUGGCUUCGAUCAAGAGAUCUUCCUUCUUUGUCCCAUCAACAGAUGGUUAUGCAAAGGCUGGUAUCCGCCACAUAGGCUACGAGCCUCGUUGCACCCCUUACUGGCCACACUCUUUUCUCUGGGGCAUAGCAUCCUGUGUGCCUGAGAUUUUCAUUGAUGCCUGGCGUCUAAGGUUCUGUCUUGGAAUCCGCAAAAGGGGCCAACUCAAGGAUUCAAGGAAGAAAGAGUAAAAAAGGAAACAUGUUUUCUCUAUUCGGACCAAAAGAUAUUGUCUAGGUUCUUUAGGAUGUGUAUCAAUUUUAAGUGAUGUGCCUUAAAUCAUCCCCAAGAGAAAUUUUCUGCUUGAUCUUCAGUUUACUCCUCAAUCAUUAGGAGCUAUAUUGCAUUUCUGUACCAAUUUGUUGUUUUUUCAAUGGAAAGUAAAUUAUUUACGGAGUAUUUCAUGAACAAGGUGUCAUCAAGAAUUGCUAAUUGUAAAUUACAUGACCUCGUGGAAUCUUCAAUUGAUCAUGAGUGAGAUAGAAUUCUUGUUCUUCAA